AUGUUUUAUGGGUCACCCUCCACCAUGGCUCCACCACCCAAGAACCGGCUCAAGCGCCAGAGCCGCAUUUUCUCCCAAGUCUUGUACCGGACGCUGAGCUACAAGGACCGGAGCUCAGCCUCCGCUUCCCCGGCAGCCGGCGAGGAUGACCCGGCCGAGCUCUCCACCCAGCUCUCGGCCCCUGGCGUCCUCAAGAUCUUCGGAGGCAACAUCUGCGCGGGCACCAACUACAAGAGCGUGCUGGCGACGGGCAGCUCGGGCGCGCGGGAGCUGGUGAAGGAAGCCCUGGAGCGCUACGGGCUGAGCCCGCUCAGCGCCGCGCAGUACGCGCUCUGCGACGUCAUCGGCAGGUUCGAGGGCCCCGACAAGCAGUGGCAGAUGGAGGGGCUGAGAGUCCUGGGGGACCACGAGAAGCCACUGCUCAUCCAGGACCUCUGGAAGCCCAGGGAAGGCUUCUCGCGGCGGCUGGAGCUGCGCAGGAGAGCGGAGGUGGAGGAGCUGGCAGCCAGGGAUGUGGACACCACCACUGCAGGCAUCAACGCCCAGGCGCGGAAGCUGCAGCGGCACCGGGCGCGGGGGGCCGGCGGGCGGGGGGCCGAGCGGCGCGGGCCGCCCCCGGCCCUGCGGCGCAGCCUCAGCGAGAGCAGCCUGGGCCCUUCGGCUCGAGGGGCCGGGGGCGGCGGGGGCGCCGCGGGCGGGGAGCGGCUGCAGCGGCACCGCUCCGCACUGCCCGGCAGCCCGGCGGCGCGGCGGAGCGGCGGCAGCAUGCGGUACUCCCUCUACCAGUCCCCGCACCUCCUGCUCUUGCAGGGCUACAGCCAGCAGCAUGACAGCUUGGUUUACCUGCUGAACCGUGAGCAGCACACGGUGGGCCAGAGGACGCAGGCGAGCAAGCCCAGCAUCAACCUGUCAGCCCCUGACAUCUUGCCCCUGCACUGCACCAUCAGGAAGCUGCGACCUUCCCGGCACCGCGCCGAGGGAAAGCUGGUGCUGGAGCCCAUCGCCGGCGCCGCCGUCUCCGUCAACUUCGCCGAGGUGUCCCGGACGGUCGUGCUGCGGCACGGGGACCUGCUCUCCCUCGGUCUCUACUACCUGCUUCUCUACAAGGAUCCCAUGAAGGCGCAGCCGCUGCCGGCGCAGACCCUGCUGAGGCUGCGGGCCCUGCACCCCGCUGCCCCCGGGGGCUCCCGCGCCUGCGGGGCGUGCGGCAGCCUGCUGAAGGAGCAGGAGCCUGUCACCAAGAAGCGAAGCCCCUCUCCCACCGGCGGCCCCAGGGUGCCCCGCAGAAGGCUGCUGCUGGAGUUCGAGCCGGCGGCCGAGGACGUGCUCCUACGGCGCAUCAUGACCCUGAUUGAGCCGGGGGGGGACGACCACAAGCUGACACCCGCCUUCCUGAUCUGCCUCUGCAUCCAGCACUCAGCCACCAGCUUCGAGCCGGGAGAUUUUGGGCAGCUGCUGCUCAAAGCGGCCAAAAUGAUCCAGAGGACAGUGUGGGAGCGGACACGGGAGCUGGCUGAAAAGCAGUCCCAGCACCAGGACCCUGCCACCCUGUCCCGCUUCACCAUCACGGACCUUCUCCCAGACCUGCAGCACAUCCUUUUCUGGAUGGCAAACUCCAUCGAGAUCCUCUACUUUGUCCAGCAGAAAUCACCCACCUACAUCCAGAGCAUGGAGGAGGAGCUGGAUGUCAGAGGCUCCAAGGAGUCACUGUUCUCCUCAACCAUCACAGCCAGUGAGGAGGCGAUGACGAUGCUGGAGGAGGUGAUCAUGUACACCUUCCAGCAGUGUGUCUACUACAUCUCCAAGUGUCUGUACGUGUCGCUCCCGGCGCUGCUGGAGUGCAACCCCUUCCAGAGCGAGUGCCGGGAGAGCUGGCGGGCAGCCCCGCCGCUGCCCGAGGAGCUGCGCAGGGUCGUGCUCAUCUACCAGGAGGCUCUGGAUCUGCUCCGCCAGUAUGAAGUGCACCCAGAGAUCACCUCCCAGAUGUUUGCCUACCUCUUCUUCUUCUCCAACACCCUGCUCUUUAACCAGCUCCUGGAUAAAGGCUCCUCUCUCAGCUGCUUCCACUGGUCGCAGGGGGUGAAGCUCCGGGCCAGCGUGCGCCUGCUCCUGGACUGGCUGCGCGGCGCCGGCUUCGAGCAGCUUGCCCAGCAGUUCUUUGCCAAACUCGCCAGUGUGGCCAACCUGCUGGCCAUGCCCGGCUCACAGCUGGUCCAGAUGACCUGGUCAUCCCUGCGAGCCGAGUUCCCUGCGCUGAGCCCCGCGCAGCUGCACCGGGUGCUGAGCCAGUGCCAGGCCGUGAUGGAUGUGGGCUGCAUCGCAGCCUGGCAGCCCGCUGAGGAGGAGAGCCCAGCCACCUUCCAGCCUGAUGAGAUGCUGGAGUCCUUUGACAACCACCCACCCAUCAUCCUGCCCAGCGGGGGCUUCAAAGUGGACCUGGAGGUGGAGACGUUGGACGACAACAUCUACCGGCACCUCCUCUACAUCCGCCACUUCCUCUGGAGCCUGCAGAGCAAGAGCCCCCAUGCCAGUGAGGGGCCAGGCUCAGCACCCUCAAAGAAAGAGACGCCAGAUGUGCUGGAGGCGAGCGAGAGCCCGGCUGCUGCUCUAGGGAGCACCAUUGCCCAGGAGGACCACUGCUCCCUGGGGGGCUGUGGGGGGCCAGAGGGCAGCCCCCCGCUCUGCCUGGCCACCAACGGCAGCCCCUGCCAGCACCCUGAUGAGCCGCAGCUCCAGGAGAAGCUGAAGCAGCUGCAGCUGGGCCGGGGUCCGGCCCUCAGGGCCAGCCCAGCACCCACAGACCCCUCCUGCCUGCUGACACCCCCCACCACUCCCCUCAACUUCGACUCCGGGCCCCUGGAGUCCCCACAGGGCACCGGGAAGGGGCUGCAGGAGCCGCGGCGCAGUGGGACGACUGGCACCAAAGGCAGCACUCCUGAAGGAUGCUCACCGACCCCCUAUGACUACCCCACACCAGAGUCUUCCAGCCGCAGCUCUGCCACCGAUGACUUCUGCUACGUCUUCGUGGUGGAGCUGGAGAGAGGACCCAUUGGGCUGGGGAUGGGGCUGAUCGAUGGCUUGCACACGCCGCUCUGCGCCCCGGGGAUCUACAUCCGCACGCUGAUCGCGGACGGCCCGGCGGCAGCCGACGGGCGGCUGGCCCUGGGAGACCGCAUCCUCGCUGUCAACGGCACCAGCCUCAUCGGCGCCGACUAUCAAAGUGCAGUGGACCUCAUCCGCUCCGGGGGGAAGAAGCUCCGUUUUCUGGUUGCCAAAUCGGACAUGGAAAUAGCCAAAAAAAUCAGUUCCAGCUUCUCUUCCUCCUAGUCCUUGUGGUACAAGAGUCCUUCUGCAGCAGCUGGUGGGUGCAGCUCUGGUUAAGGCUGACCUCGAGGAGGCUGGAGCACAACAGGGAGGACCAGAACUCCACCAUUGCCCUCAAUUUGCUUUUUGACACCUUGCCCCUCUGCUGCAGUGGAUGAAAGGACACGCAAGGGUGCUGCACGCUUCUCCCGCUGCACUGGCUGGGAGCACCAUUCCUGAUCCAUUGCCCUGGCCUCACCUUAUACCCUGUCAUCCUUCUCAGCAGCUUUCCUGGUCCUUUGUCCCCUCUGGCAGGGGGCAGGAAGGGGAUGCUCUUCCCACAGGGACUGCAGGCAGGUUCCUCCAUUCCUCCAGGCUGGCAGCCCGGCGUGGUCCUUCACACUGGCAGGCAGAAGGCUUGAAACACCUUUGGGAUUUAAAGAUCAGCAUGUGGGGCAGGCCUGGGCUUCGCUGUGGCAGUGGCCACGUGAAGUGCUGGCACAUCAGGCUGGAAAAGGGUGCCCAGCUCUGAGGGUGGUAAAGGCAGCACAAACACUCAGGAUUCCAAGCAGGAUGCAUUGCUAGGGUUAAGGUUCCCUGAUGCCAGACCCUAAGUCAGGCACCUUUCUGCUGCUGGGCUACCAUUGCAUAGCCCAGCCUGGCUUUGAGGUGGGACACAGCUACAGCAGAGGGCUGACACCACCAACAGUUCCCUGCCACUCCUGGGUAGAGUCCCUUGAAGAAAAAAGACUGUUACCCUUGCUCAUGCAGCAGAUUUAUUGCCUGGCUCUGGCACCAUGAUCCUUAGCAGAAAGCCCCCAGGACUGACCCAGCAGAGAAUUUCCUCACACAGGAGCUGUUGCCCUCUCCAAGGGGCUAUGGCCAGGUUAGCGCUUCUGUGCCUGCCCUUGGUCCCUACGAACUGGGGAUGGUGGGUUUGUGCCACCAGGAACCUGAGUGAGCCCAGCAGCAUGCAGUGCCAGCCCUUCACUGGCCCAGGCAGAAAAACGACAUCUUGGCACCGCCUCCUGGCCCUCUCCUCCACCUGGCACCGCCACUGUGUUUCCUGGCCAGCUCAGAGCAUCUCAGGAGUGCACACUGCUGACAUUCUGAGGGGUGAUGAUGGGCAGCAAAGGCUCCUUCUGGAGGGUGGGUCUGCAGCGGUGAUGUGCUGGGACAGCAGCUCCACACUGCGGCUGGUGCUCCCCUGCCCCACCACUCCUCCCUCUGCGCUCAGCAACAUUAAUGGGAUAAACCUGACCUGAUUUCCACAUAUAGACAGAUACUGAGGCCUACUUUAGCUGACCUCUCUGAAAAUAGCCUGCCACAAAGCCCUGAAUCACACCCUGCGCUUAAACCAGCGGGACCUCGGCUCUGGCAGCAACUCAGAGACUCACAUGGCAUCUCACAACAGCAGCACUCCCAGGAUUGUGAUGCUAAAAAAGGGAUGCUUAACAAGGUUGGCCUUAAUUAAGCCUCACUGCUGUAAUAUUGUUUGCUUAGCCUUGCACUUUGCAGAAGGAGGAAGAUGUCAAAAUAAUCCAGGCAGUGAAAACACUCCAUUACUGGAUUUCAGUGCAGCCUGGCAUGCCUUUUUUAGGGCAUGAUGGACAAAGCACCUUCGCUGAGACAACAGUGCCUUGCUUUUCUGCUAGGCCAUGCUGAAGUCAACUGGCCCAGGGGGCUGCCCCAGCAGGAACUGGGAGCAGUGCAUCCCUUGCUGCAGCAGGCAGAUGAGCCAAGGCUCGGGGCCACAAGGGGCUCCUGGUGAUUCACUCGACUUUGAACCGAGUAGGUGUGUUGGUCUUUUAUCCUCCCUGUAGCUCAGCAGGUUUGUAGGACAGGAAAUGGGGCUGCCUAAAGCCCUAUGGCAAACUGCAUGCACUCCUUACUCUCCUCUGCCCAGGAGCCAGGGCUCUGAGGGAGGCUUGGUUAGCACCACACAGCACUGGGUAAGUGCUGCACCUGGGCAAGUUCCAGUGGUACCAGCACAACCCCCGGCUCCCCACUGAGCCUGACUCUCCAGGUGCCCCCUGGGUGGGACAUAGCCUCAGAGCUGUAUGUUGCUCACGAGGCAGUCAGGUGUUGACUGUAAAUAACCCCUGCUACUUGCUAAUGUGCACGAGGGCUUGCUUCUCCCGGGAGGAGCAGCAGCACAGACUGACUUCCCCCCUUUGUUAAUACUGUACAGCUCAAAUGUGGAUCAAGGUCUGGCGCGGGCACGGAAUGCGCACGGCGCCUGUUUGACACGGGGCUGGUGUAUGUUAAGAAAUGCUCUUGGUGUCAACAAUAA